CGUCACCCUACCUCCUCGCUCGUCGUGCAUUAGGUAACGGCCAAGAGUUACAUACACAACGCGAGUGCAUGGGCAUGGCGAACUCGUCGGCGUUGAAGUUCACGGUACGCAGGCAGCCGCCGGCGCUGGUGGUGCCGGCGGGACCAACGCCGAGGGAGCUGAAGCCGCUCUCGGACAUCGAUGACCAGGAAGGGCUGCGCUUCUACAUCCCCGCCAUCCAUUUCUUCGGGCGCCACGAAGGCCGGGGCGACGUCGACCCCGCGCCGGUGCUCCGGGACGCCGUCGCCGCCGCGCUCGUGCAUUACUACCCUCUCGCCGGGCGGCUGAGGGAGCUCGAGGGCCGCAAGCUCGCCGUCGACUGCACCGGCGAGGGCGUGCUGUUCGUGGAGGCCGACGCCGAUGUUCGCCUCGACCAGUUCGGCGCCGCCUUGCAGCCGCCGUUCCCGUGCCUGGACGAGCUCCUCUUCGACCUGCCCGGCUCCUCCGACCUCCUCGACGCGCCACUCCUCCACUUCCAGGUGACACGGCUAGCGUGCGGAGGCUUCAUCAUGGCGGUGAAGAUACAGCACGCGGUGGCGGACGGGCCGGGGCUGGUGCAGUUCCUAGCGGCCGUUGCAGAGAUGGCGCGGGGAGCGGCGGCGCCGACGGUGCAGCCGGUUUGGGGCAGGGAGCUCCUUAUGGCGCCGACCGAUGACGACCUGGCGGGGGCGCCUAGAACAUUCGCACACCGUGAGUACGACGACGUGCCAGACACCAAAGGCACCAUCGUGCCCCUCGACUCCAUGACGCACCGCUCCUUCUUCUUCGGGCCCAGGGAGGUCGCUGCCGUCCGCUCCCACCUUUCGCCGUCCCUCCGUCGCGGCGCCACCACGUUCGAGGUCCUCACGGGGUGCCUGUGGCGGUGCCGCACGGUGGCGCUGGCCCCCGCCGCCGACGAGGAGAUGCGUAUGAUCUGCCUCGUCAGCGUCCGCGGCGGCCGGAAGCCGCAGCAGAGCGGCACCGUCAUUCCGGUCGGCUACUACGGCAACGCCUUCGCGUUCCCCGUUGCCGUCUCUACCGCCGGCGACCUCUGCGAUAACCCGGUGAGCUACGCCGUGGAGCUCGUGAUGCAGGCCAAGAGAGAGGUGAACGUGGAGUACGUGCGCUCGGUGGCGCGCCUCAUGGUGCGGCGAGGGCGCCCGCACUUCACGGUGGUGCGCGCGUACCUCAUGUCGGACCUCACCAGGUCCGGCAUCCGCGACCUAGACUACGGCUGGGGCAAGCCGGUGUACGCUGGCCCCGCGAAGGGCGGCGUCGGCGCCAUCCCCGGAGUCGCAAGCUUCCUCAUCGCCGUCAAGAACGCCAUGGGCGAGGAGGGCAUCGCCGUGCCCGUGUGCCUGCCCGGCCACGCCAUGGACAAGUUCACGGAGGAGAUGAGCAAGCUGAUGCGCCCGGCCUUCGGCGCAUCCUCACGGCCAUCGUCGGCCGACAACGUGUUUCCCAAGAUCAAAUCUGCGAUCUGAACUUGAGUCAAUGCCCGGCGUCCAUCGACCUAUCGAAUUGUUGGCUUGUGCUUGGUUCCCUACACUACUGUUUACUUGUCACCGAUCGAGAGACCGUUUUGUUUGUUCAAAAAUAUUGCAUUAUUCGUUCCUAAACACGUACUCCGUGGUUGUAUGAUGGCAACCCUAGAUCAAUGUACACGUAGUUUGGUUCUGCUUUGAAUUGUGAUCAAUGUACAAACGAUAUCACAUCAUUCUUAAACUUCUGCUUGAGGUCCUCAAAAGUCUUUUGACGAAGCAGGGAACCUUAUCCAUCCGAUUAUGAUAUCAAAGGGACCACAGGUUCAUACUA